AUGUACGGAGGUGAAGACGGCGCUUUAGAAUCCGAAGUCGAUUAUCAUAAAUAUAUGAAUGAAUUGAUGCUCGAUUUGCACAAUCUCCAACAACUUGCUGAACGUGAACAUCAUUUUACUCACCUCAAUAAGCUCUUAAUUAAUGAAAUUGAACGUGUCUGGUCUAUGUUCUAUUGCAACAAUCCUUCCAACAGUCUUCAAAUCUUACCGAACUCGUUAAUUCGCCAAGAGGCUGGCAGAUUGCCUCAGCUAGUUAAUUCUGCUGUUGUGCAAACUGCUGAAGGGGGUGAUCAGUAUGAAAUGAAAGAAAAGAUUUACAUUCCGAAAACCCCAGAAAAUAGUAACUGCAAUUUGAUUGGUCGACUUAUAGGGCCUUGUGGAAUAAGCAUUAAACAACUUGAAGCAGAAACAAAUUGUUCUAUCCGCAUAAGAGGCGAAGGGAGUGUUAAGGAUCCUCGCAGAGAAAAACAGUUGAAAAGUUUCGAAAGUUGGAAACAUCUACAUGAGCCACUGCAUGUACUCAUAACUGCCAGAGAUUCAAAUAUGAUGACAUGUGAAAACAAGCUCAAGAUGGCAACAAACUUUGUGAAGACGCUUCUCACACCUAUACAUGAUGAGUACAAGAAGAAGCAAUUAAUCCAGUUGGCCAUUAUAAAUGGCACUUAUCGUCAUCGCAACUGCCCUUCAUCCAUGAAUGAAAACGCUUGA